UUCAGAUCCUUGAAACGUUGCGGUUUAGCCAGGAUUUUCUGACCGUUUCCUGCGACCAUAUACGGGAGGUAGUUGCAGCACUGGCAGUCGGCAAUGCCCUGGUAAUCCAGAAUCGUCACCGGAAGGAAUACAAUGCCAUUAGGCAUUUUUUCUGUUUUUUGCCGAAUAUCUCAAUGCUGGACUGUCCACCAACAUCCGUGGCAUGGCCAGAAUAUAUUUCGCCGGCGAUCCGAACGAUUCUUGAUUCUUGUCGGCAGCGCAUUAUGGCUUCCAUAGCGACGGUGCCCGAAGAGCCAGACUCAGCUGGAGCAGCGACUCCGGUUGCCGUGGUGGACACACAAACCAAUCAAAGAGAUAUGAACAAAGAGGAAGACCGUUUGAUGACGUUCGUUCGGUGGCCCACUGUGGCCCCCGUCUCAGCUGAACGCUUGGCCAGAGCAGGAUUCUUUUAUUCUGGAAUCGGAGAUCAAGUGAAAUGUUUCGCUUGCGAUAACGUCUUGGACAGUUGGAAUCUUGGCGAUGACGUAAUGAAGCGGCAUCGGAAGGCAUUCCCCGAUUGUGGUUUCGUUCGUGGCGCAUCCCGCAAUGUUCCCUAUUAUAAAUCUGGUUUGGAAUCCAAGCUGCAUUUGCAGCUCUUGGAAUCCAUGGAUAGCGGCUUUGAUCGCAGUGUCAGCCGGCCAACGACACCGUGUUCUUCAAUUUACCAGUCAGGAUCCCGUGAUGACAUUCACCGGAGUCGUUACAAUACUGCCGAUAGCGCCUACCGUAGUCUACACCGGCGCUCGUCAGUGUUUAGUGGAGGCUUGAAUAACGACAUACCAGAUGCUAUGAUGGAUGGCCGAGACAUGCGGCUCGAGGAUCAGCGCCGCGUUUCGUUUGCUAAAUGGCCGAUCUCCUUUAUUUCUCCUUCCGAUCUCUCUACAGCCGGGUUUUUCUUUACCGGAUAUCAGGAUCGUGUGAAAUGCGCUUUCUGCGGUGGCAUACUAGGCAUGUGGCAGUUAGGGGAUAAUCCCUUCACGGAGCAUCACAAACUUCCAUGGUGCAGCUUUUUGAAGAAGGGAUAUAGUAGUGAAUACUCAUCAACGCAGUCGUCGCCUACGUGGAACGGUCAUGGUCAGGAUGUUUGUGGAUUGUUCGCUGCUGCAUCGAAUGCCGUGCCACUGAAGUUUCCCAUUUCACCAUACCUGAGUGAUUAUCAAGCCAGAUUAGCGACAUUCAAGAACUGGCCUCCCAAUCGCAUACAAACUCCGGAGCACUUAUCAUACGCUGGCUUCUUUUAUACCGGCGUGAAUGAUAACGUUCGUUGUUUUUUUUGCGACGGCGGUUUGCGCUGUUGGGAUCCUCAGGACGAAGCAUGGCAAGAGCACGCAAAAUGGUUCCCAAAAUGUCCUUAUCUUCUGGAAAUCAAAGGUGUCGAUUUUGUGGAGAAAAUUCAGGCUUCCAUGGGCGAGAAUUUACCGGACCCUAGAGUUGAAUCCAUACCCACGACGCCGGUAACCGAUGAGGAAAGUAUCGUGCAGCGAGCACUGGAAAUGGGAUUCGCGCAGCCUUCCGUGGAGCAGGCCCUCCGCGACCGGCACGCCCGUAAUCACGAUGCACAAGUGCACAACGUUGAGGAAUUGAUUAACGGUGUUUUGGAAGUCGAAAACAAGAACAGACGACCCGAAGGCAAAAUCCCCCGGCCAGUGAGCGGUUUAUUUGCCAAACUGCGUUCAUUAAGUCGAGACGCCGAGAAGGAUGCUUCCGUAGAGAAACUUACCGAAGAAAAUCGUAUUCUAAAGCAGCAGCGACGUUGUAAGAUCUGCUUGGACAGAGAAGUAUCGACAGUAUUUUUGCCAUGUGGCCACUUAAUCAGUUGCAGUGAAUGCGCACCUUCUCUGAGGACUUGUAGCCUCUGUCGACGGGGAAUUCGUGGCACAGUCAAGACGUUCCUUUCCUAAGUGAAUUAAACAUUUGGUGAUUGUUUUGUAUAAAAUAUCCCGGUAGCUAUGUGCCGUUGUUUGGUGCCUGAAAGCUGUUUUUAUUUGCCUGGUGAAGCAUUUAAUUGUGCAUUACCCUAUAUCAUGAUGCUGAAACAGAUCAUGACCCAUAUCGGGACUUUUCCUGAGAUUAUUGGCUGGAGGCGUUCAGUUUAUGAAUUCGGCUUUUUGAUCUGACGAAAUGGUAUCUAGUUUAUGGUAUUCCUAUAAGUGAUUUACAAUACGUAAUUGUUACUUAAAAUGCAGUGCAGAUUGUUAAGGGUUUAAUGGCAGUAUAAACCAUUUGAAUGCUUUAACAUAGACGAUUGACGCUGUGACAGUGGCACGUAUGACUAUUGACUGCAGGAAAUGCGGACAUUUUAU